AAUCAAACUUAAUUUUUAUAUAACAAUAUACAUAAAUAAUUAAGUAAAUAAUAUACAAUAAAUAAUUCAUAAUAAAAACACAUAUUUUUUCAAUAAUUUAAUUAUAUAGAAUCAUUAAAUGUUACAUUAACUUUGGGAAUAUUAUUUAAUCAUCAAAAUAAAACAUAUAUUUUAUUAAUAACAACAACUAUUAUUAAGUUUUCUACAUCUUAAAAUACAAUUAUUAUAAAUUAAACAAAUAAUUUACCUAAUUAAUAAUUUAAUUAUUCAACAACAAAAAGUUUCAAAAUAUUUUUUUUUUAAAUUUAAACUACAUCAUCAUCUACCACUGAAAGUAUUAUUAGAAGCAUAUUCAACUCAAUUCCCUCUCAAAAGAAACCCCCUCUGUGUCUAAACCAACAACAAUCUAACGAUUUUAAUUCAAUAUUUAUUGGAACCUAAUAAUAAUAUUGGGACUAUUGUUUAUUAAGCAGUAGCAGCAGUAACAGCAAUUACAUUUAACCUACAUUAAUAUACUCAUUAGCAACAUAAGUUUCAAGCAACAGUCGCAGGUUUAAGGACAACGUGAAAACAACAAAUACAUUAAGAAGUAUAAUAAUUUUUAAAAGGAAUUUGCAACCAGGAGACAUACAAACAUACAUAAAUACAUACAUAUUUAUAAAAGGAAUAAACAAGUUGAAAUUAAAACAUGUUAAGCAUAUUUUUAUAAAUAUUAUAUUAAGGAUUAAGAGGAUUUUUAUUUUUGCUAAAACUUUAAGACAGUUUAAGAUAAGAGAAACUUUGAAGGCUGAACCAUUUAAACAAGAGAAACAAAUAACAAAUUAAAACUACUCUCAAAAAUAAUUAAUAAGCAUAAUUAUUCAUAAAGAUUUAAUCAAGCAGAGAAGAGACUGAUUUUUAUUAUUUGUAAAUUAAGUAAUAAAUUUAAUUAAGCAAGAGCAAACAGAAAAGCAGGAGAAAACGAAAAUCCUUUAAACUCUUAAACACUCAUACACUCUCACUCUCAUAACACUACAAGAACAACCAACGGAAGGAAAUUAAAUGAGAUUUGAAAUCUUUUAAAGAUCACCAUAAUAAGAUUUAUUUAAUAAUUAGAAGAAAAAAUAACAAAGUGAUUUGGAUUUAAUCCACAAUUAAGCUAACGAAAUCUAAUAUAUAUUUUUGCAUAUAAAUAUAAAGAAAAAAAGAAAAAAUGUUGAAAAAACUAAAAUGUCUAGAGGCGGCCAACAGUUUGGCAAGAGAAGCAGCCUCCAAUAGCAAUCAUCACAAUCAAAAUAAUAGUUUGCAACACAAUACAACCAGUGUUAAGAUCAUUAAAACAGAACCACUGGAUUUUGAAAUGUUGCAUUUGGAGGAGAAAGAUUUAAGGGAGAGAAAUUUAACCAGGGAUAGUGAGACAACCACAACAAUAACCUCUUCAACAGCGGCUGGAGUAAAUAACAAUAAUAUAAAUCCCUCUCAAGUUACAUCAGCACCACCCCCUCCUCCUCCACAGAGAUAUACACAUGUACAGGUGCAAACUGUGCCACCCAGACAAGGCAUAACUAACUCAGGAGCUGCCCAAAAGGUGAUAUUAACACCCAGAGUGGAAUAUGUGCAAAUACCGGUCAAUAGCUCAGAGAGAACAUUAAGUAAUGGUGCAGGCACUUCGCCCCAAAUCAUUAUAACACGCACCUUAAACACCAACAACAAUACAUCAGUCUCUUCUUCGGCUAAUGCGCAACAACAACAGCAGCAUCAUCAUACACAUCAUAUACCACGCAGACACUCGGCCAGUCCCUCGCAAUAUCAUCGUGUCUCUCUCAAUGUCACACACUCGAACAACAACAGCAACAAUAAUAGUCAUUCAGCGCCUUCAUCACCACCGCCUUUACAUCAUCAGCUGCAACAGCAACCAGCAUCAUCACUCAACUCAGGUUCGCAACAUGUGCGCGUUAUCAGAGAUGGUCGUUUGUAUGAGGAGACUCUAGCAAACUCUAGUGUACCGUUGCGUAGACAUUCGGUAUCGCCGCCGCCUUUACAACAUUAUACGCGUUCCGCGCCGGUUUCAACAGCCAACGGGGCUGGACUCGUUCGUCGUUAUACACCGCAAUCGCCUCCUCUAGCACCACCACCUCCUCCGCCAGCGCCUAAUCUCAAUAAUCAACUACAUACAGCUUGCUCAACGUCCUCACAAAACUGUCUGCAGGCCACUUCGCCAGCACCGGGAUCAGCCACAGGUCAGAAAUAUAUCAUAACAAAUACACCCACUUCACGCAAAUAUGUAGUGAAUUUGAUUUCCAACUCACCUUCAGCCUCACAACACUCAAACAUUUACAAUACAGCACAGCAGUCGGUCAACUCGAACUCAUCGUCUGGCUCACAUCUUCAACAACACAUUAUUAUACCUUCUGCGCCCACAUCACAACAACAUCUCAAUAAUCAUCAUCAGCAUCAACAUAUAAACCAUCAUUCCUCUAACACUUCUCAAAAUAAUGUCUCCUCCAUUUACCACAAUAAUCAUCAUAUGUCAUCGCAUCAUCAUAGUUCACCCUCAUCAUCUGCUUCAUCCUCAUCAUCUGCAUUAAAUUCUUCAAAUUCUUCUUCUACAAUGACUACAACUCAUAUAUUUCGUACUCCUCCUGUAGUGUCCAGCAGUAGCGGUCAUCAUACAUCCUCUUCUUCAUCCAACACUUCGUCAUCGUCGUCUUCAUCGUCUUCUACAGCUUCAAGUUUAAAUCAAAAUAAUAAUUGCAACACUGCCAUGCGACCGCCACCACCUCCACCUCCUCCUAAAAUGAAACAUUGUUCGAUGGGUCUUAACAGUCAUGGUGUCGUUGUGGGUAAUGGUGGUGGCAGUGGUUCCAUGUCUGCUACAUCAUCCACAUCUAUACACUGUCCACAGCAAUCAACGUCUUCUUCAUCGUCUUCGUCUGGAAUGGGCAGUUUAAAUGGCAACUGUGAAGAACCCUCCAGUUCGAUACCAGAUUUAGAAACUAAAGAUCUAUUAAAACUUUCUCAUGGAUAUGUUAGUGAUUUGAGAGCUCAAUCGAUGGGCAAGGAAUUUGAUAGUAUCCAACUGGACGGCUCUGGAAAAGUGCGGCCCAUACGCGGUAAUGAUUUUAUUGAUUCUCUGAAUGUGAGUUAUGUGUAUAACUGUUCCAUUACGGAUUACUGA